UUCGACAUAACAACGAUCUGCUAAAAUGACUGGCCGUGGCAAGGGAGGCAAAGGACUCGGAAAGGGAGGCGCCAAGCGUCAUCGCAAAGUUCUGCGUGACAACAUCCAGGGUAUCACCAAGCCCGCUAUCCGUCGUCUGGCUCGUCGUGGAGGAGUCAAGCGUAUCUCUGGUCUGAUCUACGAGGAAACCCGAGGUGUGCUGAAGGUGUUCCUGGAAAACGUGAUCCGUGACGCUGUCACCUACACUGAACACGCCAAGCGCAAGACCGUUACUGCUAUGGACGUCGUCUAUGCCCUGAAGCGACAGGGACGCACCCUGUACGGUUUCGGAGGUUAAACUGGACGCUGGAUUUAUUCUGUCAAUUUCUAUCAAACCAACAGCCCUUUUCAGGGCUACCAAUUUUUUCUGGAAGGAGAUUUAUUCAGUAUUUUCAAACUAUUGAUAUGUUUGUUGCUUGCUAACCCAAAUAA